CGUGGCUCCAUAGAAGACAUUCUCCAGUGUCAGGGUAGUGCCAUGUCUCACAUCCAUAUGUUUGCCUUACGAAAGGGUUCAAAAUAGCCCGGGCGCGUGAUGAAGCACUUCGGACACCCAAAGCGAAAUCUCCGAAGCGCGUUACCGACGCAUCUACCAAUGGGGUGUUAAUCGUAUAUGAGAAAACAUCAUACGUGACAGAUUCUACAUGGCCGUACUUUGUGCUACGGUUGGUGUGCAGAGAUACAGACGUGCCCAGGUGAUGAGGACUGGCGGACGUGGAGCGCAUGUACUUAGGUGUGCGGCAGCGCGGCAUUGUGCAGUAGUAAGGCCGACUGGCGUCACCGAAGCUGGAGCUCCAAAGCACCGAGCCGUCCAACGCCCCUCAACCCAACACAAACCUCAAUUCAGGCAGAUUCUGCGCAUGAUAUCUCAACAUGAUACUCAGAACGCUAUCGUUUCUUCCUCUAGCCAUCGGCGCUCUCACUACGGUUUCACUACCUCAGAAGCUGCUCGAGCCGUCCGUUCCUGAUCCAUCUACCUCAAAAGAUCUGCUACACCUUCACCGCAAGCUCGUAGAAAUCGAAUCCAUAUCCGGGAACGAAGAGAAUGUCGGCGAUUGGCUUAUCGAAUACCUCCGCGCGCACGACUGGACCGUCGAGAAGCAGGAAGCAUCAAAAGACCGAUACAAUGUCCUAGCCUACGGCAGCAAGCGCGAAACAACCAUCCUACUUUCUUCGCAUAUUGACGUCGUACCACCAUACUGGCCGUACUACUAUAAUGAGACGACCGAUGUAAUUGGUGGCAGAGGGAGUGUGGAUGCGAAAGGCAGCGUCGCGCCCAUGAUCAUGGCCGCGCAGGAAAUACGAGAGCACCUACAAGACGACAUAUCUCUGCUCUUCGUUGUCGGCGAAGAAACAGGCGGCGACGGAAUGCGCGCAUUCAGCAACUGGGACAAACGCCCAUCCUCGCACGAAAUCGUCAUCUUCGGCGAACCCACUGAGGCGAAGCUAGUCUGUGGACACAAGGGCAUGCUAGGCUUCGAGGUCAAAGCGACAGGCAAGGCGGCACAUUCAGGAUACCCGUGGUUGGGCGUGAGCGCCAACGAUAUCAUGGUGCAGGCACUGAGCGAGCUCCUCAAGCUGAGAGAACACCUCCCAUGGAGCACGAAAUACGGCAACACGACCAUGAACUUCGGGCGCAUACAAGGCGGAGUCGCAGCCAACGUCGUCGCCGAAACCGCAACCGCGAACAUCGCUACGCGCAUCGCAGCCGGCACCCCCGAUGUCAUACGCAGACAAAUCCUCAACGCGCUCGAAGACGUCAAGGCCUUUGCGCAGAAGGAAGGUGGCGAUCUGGACGUACAAUGGGGUGGCGAGGCAUACGGUGUGGUGAACAUAAACUGUGACAUUGAGGGCUUCGAGACAUUGACUGUCAACUAUGGGACAGACGUGCCGCAUCUCUCUGGUGACCAUAAGAGGUAUCUGUACGGCCCUGGCUCCAUCUUCGUCGCGCAUUCGGAUCACGAGGCGUUGAAGAGGAAGGAGUUGGAACAAGCUGUUUUAGACUACCGUCGUCUUAUUCUCAAGGCGACGGAGGUAAGGGAGAAGGAGCGGCAGAUGCAGGAUGACGAGCAGCUGGAAUUGUGAACUUUGGUCAAGUGAAGAAUGCGGAUGUAAAUUGUAAAUAACUAGAUACCCAAAUGCAACAAGUUUCCCUUUACGUCAGUUGUAGCCAGUUUGAUGUACCCCCACAUUUAG